AUGUGGCUUGUAAAGUUGGCAAAUCCACUGCGUAAUUUUAUGAACCCCAUAUGGUCUCCUCUUAAUACCGUAGAGAAGUGUAUUGUUUUCCGUACACAGAAAAUAUACGGCUUGUGGUUUUGAAACCCUGGAUGCAAGUAUAAAAGCAGGUCGGGUUUCGAAUUAUUCGGAAAUUAGAAAAGUUUUUUAAAACCGAAUUAUACUCUUCCUUCGAGUGUAAAAUUGGAAGACGGCGUGAUUUCCUACCGAAUAAAUAAAACAAUGAAUAUUUUUAUGCAUGUUUUCCAUGAAAUAUAACUUAACUUUUAAGGGCAUCGAAAAUCAAUUAGAAAUUUGCAUGCUACUUAAGUAGUCGUUUUUUGCAUAGCAUAGGUCUUGCAUGCAGUCGGAAAUAAGUUCGUUCGAAAGAACGCAACAGGCUCAUUAUAUAAUUAUGCAUGAGAAUUAGUUUUACAACCCUACUCAGUCUUUUCGAAACGAGAACGCAUUUCGAAAUUUCGGUCGACGUUUCAUGAGUUAGCCCACCUACUGUAUGAUGACGACCUCCUGAAUAUGGUGUCGCGCUUCGAUGAGGUCAAUAGAUCCGUCCGUUUGUUUUUAGGCACUGGAAAGACCAAAGUUUUUUUCCCAGCUGCAUUUCUGACCGAGGGAAGCCAUCCCUCGGGACUAGCGACUGCCUACCUGGAGAAUUGAACUUCUUCCAAUUUUUCGGGCGAAAUCACUGCAAAGCGGACGGAAAAGAAGCCCAAGGGCCAGAGUCGGUGCUGCAGACAGGGAUUUAACAAUCCCACGGUGUUAGAAACUUGCCAUCACAUCCAGAUCAAUCCGGAGGUCAGCGUCUACCGCGCAUCCGUCCGGGCAGUACGGUUGUAAAUGUUUGGCCUGUGCGCUUGGAGAACGAGCAAAUGCUAGCGAUGCUGAUCCACUAAUGUCUGAGAAUGAUCCUACGAAUGACGUGCACGAUGUUCUUCUUGGAUGAAACUGUCUGCAGCAACAUCGCGCGGAUUUCAGUCCUCCAGAAAAAUCUGGUGAUUCGGUUUGGGCUCGUUGCUCAUCGCUCUCCUCUCCGACGUGUUUGCCGUCUAACUGAAAACCACUGGGAGGUCGGUUCUCAACCAAGCUCGACAUAAUUUUUCAAAAAAAUAGUGGUGGUUUUUGGGCCUUUGCAAUUCGUAGCUAUAGACAAGUCGACGCCAGCAGAGCGAUAUAAAUUGCAACAUCUAGGUUGAUAUGAUCGGGCAGAUUGGAAUACGCGGUCCUUUUUUUCUAGAAAGGUGUAAAAUGACCAUUUUGCCAGUUUGUGACAUCCGCUUACAAUUUACUUCCGUGGAAUUCAAGAAUGCACGAGGAAAAAUUUAACUCGAUGCCCUGCCAAUUUAAACUUUUGUAUUUUGUGUUCCAGAACUGCGAGAAUUUACGUGUGAGCUGUGCGACAAGGCCUUUGCCCUGAAACAGGAACUGAAGAAACAUGUCGACGGCGUCCAUAAAAGUAUGCUUCUUUUUGUUUACUUUCUCGCUUGCCCACACUUUUUUUCAUCAAGUUCACUUUUAUUUUUUUGUCUUCUACUCCUUCCCACACAAGAAGGUUUCUUAUGUCUGUUAUUUUCCGGACUCCCAUCUACGUACAGUGCACGUACUCUCACGAAACAUUGACCGAAAUGCCGAAAUGUGUCUUCGUUACGAAGGGACUACUUAAGUAGGGUUGUAAUAGUAAUUAUUUGGCAGAAUAACCAUGAGAUAUUUCAGUCACGCCAGGGUGCCAGCAUUUUAAUGAGUUCCCUUUCAGCCGUCUGCCCUUACAAAUUAAAGUAUGUUAUAUAGGAAACAUGCACAAGCGUAGAAGGAGGGAGUUUGUGAAACCUACGCGUAAAUUCAUUGCGGGCAAGUAUUGUUGAUCGCUGUCUCUAGACGUCUUACUGGGUCGCCUGCUGCGUCCCCUUGAAAGGCAGUUCUAUAAAUACGUCAUUCUUUUCUGCAGUUGCCAUUUUGGGGGGCGCACUGCAAGGCCUAAAAUGGUGGAGAGGGAUGCGUUGGCCAUGCAAUGAGACGCCUAAAAAAGAGUACGUGAACACAUACCGGCCUGGUUAGUCAGAGGUGAAAACAGAUUGAUUUCGAGUUCUAUUCUCGCACACCUUGUCAAUACAAAUCAUUAGGUCGAUGCCGAAGAAGCCUUUCAGGUUAUCUACCAGACACUGGCAAACUUCCCCAGAGGCCUACGUCAAAAGGUGUUGGCUACAGCCGAGGGAGUGGCUAUAUGGCUGGCGAAUCCAAUGCUAUGUUGUCGGUGGACGUUGACACAGGCACUCUGUCUUCCGUGGCCAACGCCGAUCCCAGAUGGCUAUUACACGUCGUCCCAACUCCCUGAUAGCAGUGAUGUGUACUCCAAGUAUCCGACUUACGAAUAUCGCUCACAGCCUAUGCCACGCCCACCCUUGCCCCAAUGAUCAUAACACGCCAACGUCGUCAUGCGGGUGGCGUGGAAACGAUAACUGUUAACAGCCCCUGAGUCACUUAGUAAGCCUGCGGAUUUCUCACAUUUUCAAUUUCUAUAUAACUGUAUUGGCUUGAUGAUGAGUUACCGCAGACUCGUGCUCGCCAAAUUGACUUUCAAUCUCGUAUUCCAUUUCAAAAUUACACUGGAAGCCUCUAUUAGCCACGUCAAUUGACCGACUGACGAAUAAUGGGUAAACGGUCGAUCGUACUCCAACUUCAUGUGCGUCUGUGCCAUGGGCAACCAUUGGAGUUAACGUCUAUGAAUACGAGACCACAAAUUCAAAGGUCUGCCCAUGUUCACAGAAGAUACCGUCUAGCAGCCCACAGUGUGCUUGCACUCAUUCGUCUUGGCAUGGGGGAUUUGGUGGGCAGUUUCAGAAUCCCACACCAGAUAGCUAAAUGACAAACGAUUGCCUGCGCGUAUGUCGGCCUGUUAUGCUGGGUGUUGGCUAACUGCUUGCCGCUCUCGACAGAAAUUGUACAGUGUUACCGCUGGAGUGUCCUGUCUCGACCUACUGACUCGUCCAACACCGCUUUCGACAAGUGAUGCGGUCGGAAAAGUGUUAAGUCUGAAGUUGCACGAGGAAGAAAUUACCAUCGUUAAGCCCUCGUUGCAGCUUCGUCCUUGGUCAGUGCUGGGUAGUGUCCGCCGCUCCUUCAUGGACUGAUGGCAUCGAAUGCGACUAACGCCCUGGUCCCGUUUGUUUUUCAUGGAAAUGCUACAUUCUUAUAUGUUUGCUCAACAAUCUGUGAGUGGGGGGGGGGUGUGUUUAAUGCAUAUUUUGAAGUGAAAUCAAGGGACAGAGUGGAAACGCUGACUUCAGUUUGGAUUCUAUUAGGCGGUUAUUAACUGCUUUGAACAAAUUGUCGGCGAGCACACACACCUAUGCCGUCUAGGAUUGCAUGUGACCCUAUUGUCACAACGCGUAAUUGCUGUUUCCCAAGGCGGGUAGCUUUGUACAUCUCGAGUCUUCUGCAUCAAACUUAAACUUCACAGCCGGCUUCGAGGGUCUUGUAUCUUCCGGAUUCCCCAGUUUUGACCUAACAAUUCCUUCCUUGUCCUUUACAUGAAUCUCUUAAGGAUUUUGGAACUUCAGUUGGCUUUAUUUUUGAACCGUGAAAGUGUAGACCUAGCCAAAUCAAAAAUGCUAUUUUCCACGUUCCCAUUACCGGAUGCAUCCAUUCUACGUGGGGCGACGAUCCGCGGUCAUUUUGGAACGUUUGCCGCCUUGUAUACGCAUAUAAUGCGAAAGUUCGUUCGCUGUUAGAUGCUGUAUCGACCAGUUAUUUGGUGGUGGCAAUCUGCAAUUAUUAUUGGCAGUUAAUUUUAACGAAGGUUCUACGCAAUUCGUCAGUAUUACUUCUGGCUGUCUUUAAAAAAGUCCUUCUACCGUUAUGUGGAAGAAGGCGUGCGAAUGUGCGUAGUGAGAGUAUAGAUGCCUUAUUACGCUGUACGAUCCCUGUCGACCUUUUCAGCCUUUAGGUGAUGUUCCGUCUCAAAGGACAUGCGUGCAUGCAAAAAGACGAAUUGAUGGAGCUCUUUUCCCUCCAGACUGUACGCUCGUGUAAGCUGGUACAUGGCGAAAAUUAAGUUAGUACUUCAUUGCUGACGGAGUACCAAGACGAAGACCUCCCACAAAGUUCAUUUCCGCUCUCCUCAGGGAGUCUGCAGGAAUUUCCCCCCCCCCUGACUACUUUUUGGCGCGGCUAUUACCCCAUUCGGCAAUUUCCAACAGACCACAUUCAUGCCUGUGACCCCUGCUCAUAGCACUUCGCCCUGUUUUCCAUCUCGCCCUUCAUGCGAUAAUUUAAUCAGUGCCUGCACAGUUCAGGCGGUGCUCAUUAGGGGCAAAACGACAACGUCUGCGCUGGUUACAUUUGCUGCGUUCGCCCCCCUUACAGACAGUCGAAAAGCCAGGCUUUUAGAAUGCCUGUUUUCUGUGGCUCCUUGUUGUUGCUGUCGACUGUGCCCUCACCUUUGGCUUGCAUUGGGUGUCCUUUUCAGGUAUACUGCAGUAUACCCUUGUGACUUCUCAACCUCGUCUCUGACUUCUGGUUUAGAACCACGACUGUCAGUCUGAUAACUACAGGCAGGGGUUCAUGCAUACGUUUUAUUGCUCAGAGGAGUACCGACAAAGGCAAGGGAGACUUAAAUGGCCAUUUCUAGCUUAUUGACCGUUAUCGGCCAGCCAUACUCAGCCUCGGGUUUUUGCAGCACCGGGGAUUUGAAACCAAGGUCUUGGGUUAUUGAGUCGAGCCUCCUACCACAGAGUCACGAUUCCGUUGUCCUCUCGGUUGCGAUCGAGAAGAUUAUGUGUGUGUUGAAAUUGCGUUCAUCGAUCGGGUUACGGGGCAUGCUUGCAACCGACGAGACAACGGCCCGUGGCCCGAGGAUAGGACGUUCGACUCAAUGAACCAAGACGCCGGAUUCGAAUCCUGGGUACGGCCGGCUGGCUAGUGCGUUUAAUAACACAGAAAUGGCCAUUUUCAGUCUGGCUUGUGUUUGUAGAUAGUCUCCCGCUGCCUAUAUUAAUAUUCACCAUACAACUGCCGGCAGGACUCCAGAUCGAGCCUCAGAGCAUGACGGAACGAGCACGUCCCGUAAACCGAUCGGCGAACGCAAUUCCGACGUAAUUUUGUUAAUAAAGUCGAGUGGAGCUGGAAUAGUUCCCCCGCUUGGCAAUCGCCAUUGUCACCCAGCGAUAUCCCAAAUUUUGGCUUAUGAGCUUCACAGCCUCGCUCAUCAAUGCUGUUGGCAUCUCGGCAAUUCGUGUUCAUUCUCUGAUGCAGGAAUUCAUUUUUGAGAUUGCUAAAUGGCAGGAUAGGGAAACUGCGGUCUCUGUCCUAACACGAGGACCAAGUUAACCGGGCGAAAGUCUUUUAACUGCCACACACUACAGUUCUGGUCAGAUUUGAAAACUUGCGCCUCAAUGUUACAGCGUCAGGUCACUGGUGUGGGAUAAGAGUCGCCCUUACAGAAGCCUGGUUCAUGCAGGUCGUGUGUGUGGGACGUCUAGACGGACUGUUGAAUUUUGCCAAUCACUGUGCCCGCCUCCGGUUGUCUUGACACGGUCUUGUCAUAAGAGCCACCUGGGAUGAGAGAAGAGAGCGUGCGGCAGAUAAUACGUCUACCCUAGGUUGCCGGUGCUGCGCUCGCUCUGUGGCAGCCGGACCGUCAACGUCAGCUCACUUUUUAACCGCCACCUGUCGCCGACUUAACUAAAUCUGCCGCUUGUGUUUCUUUGUUUUAGAACUGCGGGCUCACCCCUGUGAGAUUUGUGGCAAAGCCUUUCUGGAGAAGCGAGACCUGAAGAGGCAUAUCGACUGUAUCCACAAAAGUAUGCAUUUUCUCCUUCACUAGUACGUUGUUUCUGGCUGGAUUACCUUUUGACUACUCUCUUUUGCUGAGCCGAAAGAGAGCAAAAUUGCCUCGCGACAUGCGUAAGUCCUUGCCCUAUGUGCACAAAGGCAUUCGCAGGCAGCGCCGUUCAUGUUGCUUCAGACAUUACGCCCUACCGCGUUACCGGUGCCGGCUCGAACAGUCCACUGGUACGUGGAAGAGAGAGAGAGAGCGCGGCCGAUUUUCUAUUUCUUAACCGAGGAGGUGGGCAGGAGGCGGAAUCCACCAGCCGUCGAAACUCCCGACCAACGCUUAAACCGUUGAUUUCAUGCGCUUUCUGGCUGGACUCGGAUAUUUCUCUCAUACCCCCUGAACUAUGGUGAUAAACUGUCUGUACUACGAGAAUGGUGGUGAUAGGGGCCUUUUAGGAGAGUGAUCGUAGUGUUCUUAAAAGUAUACAAAGGAAAAAUCAUAUUUGGCAAGAUAUGGUUAUGUAGCCGCAUCUGACUUACACAAUACUGUUGACCUACAUAAUUAUUUUCAGUUGGUGUGACUGCGUUGGCAUGCUGUUUCUGUGCGUUGCGGUGUGUGUUCUGUUGGCGGCCUUGUUUCUUUGUUGCCGUGUCUACCUUUUGGCCCAAUGCCGGUGGUCCUUCUUGACUGUCGGCCUGUCGUCCCCUUCCAACUUCCGGACUAGAUGUUUCACGAUCAGUGUUUAUUACUUCACUUAAGGGUUAGGGGUUAGGGUAAGUAUUUAUCAACCACCCAAAGUACAACGACACAUUCCCAAUAGCAUUUCUUUUGCAUACAACUACUUGACCUCGUUGCCUGGGCGUUCCCCCCACCUCUAAAGACCCCCUAUCUACCACCGGUCCAGUAUUACAGGUGGCUGGGGUUUGUUUGCCUCGGGUGCCGCUACAUCACAACAUCUGAUCUCAUGAUGCUUGUUUUGAUGCAUAAAAGGUCACUUUAUGUGCAAAAUAGUCCGUGCCAUAGCAAAUAUUUUUCCACUCCCUACUAAGUAUGAAGGUAACACAUCAGGCGACAGACGCCACCGAAUUAUCGGAAGACGAUAUUUUAUAUGGAAGAAUUUUGAAGUGAUUCGACGGUGGAAAAAUGGCGUGGCUUUAAACCACUCAUAACGUAGGUCGUGUAGGUGGCUAUUUCAGGGGUUAGAGGACGGUCAGUAAUAAGCCAAUUCCACUGCCUUUCCAUGCAUCAGCGGCUUCCUCGUUAUAUCACUUAUGCCACUUUUGCGACGCGCAUUUACACACUGUCCCCCUGUUUCUCUGUCAUGUCAGCACAGGAGACUUUCAACUGAGAAGUUCUAGGGAGGCCAAUUGAGUAGUUCGACACGCGAGGCCAUAAUGUUUAUCUUUUUUUCUACAGCCCGAUCACACAACAGAGCACUUCUGGCGACACUGUACGGACUGACCACCAGGAAAUUCAUUUUUGUUUUUUUUUAGAGCUGCGAGAAUGUGCAUGUCAUAUUUGUGGCAAAGCCUUUGCUCAGAAGGCGUGUCUGAAGAAUCAUGUGGAUGGUAUCCACAAGGGUACGCUUCUUGCCCCCUGAUUCAUUUACCCCAUAUAAUAUCUCUCCUCGCGAUCUGUCGACUAUGUCAACACCUCAUUCUUUUUCGCAUAAUUUAUCUAUCUGAAGAAAGUUUUACGUCUGUUGUUUUAUCAGAAUUCUCGUAGUAGUUGCCAGGUUGACUCAACGACGCAUAGGUUUGCAGAGCCGGUUUUGACGGCCGCUUUCGUAUGUUUAUUGUUUAACAUUAAAAUGGGGACUUUUGGGAAGAUUUUCUUGCACAUACUCUGACUUAGGAUUGCCAACAAAACAUGUGAUUACAGGGCAGCUUUUUCAGAGUCAACAGAUCGUUCUUACGGAACUCACUAGUUCCGUUGUGCCUUACGCGCUCUCUCUCGAGCCCAACCAGCAGCCACCAUUGUAUAUUCCCGAUCGAAACCGACAGGGCAACGGGCUCGCGGCCCAGUGGUUAGAGGCGAGGACCUCUAGCAGGUCAAGAGUUCGAACCUCGGGUGUUUCACAUUUCGGGGUCGGGUAUGAGUGGCUGACGACGGCUAAUAAGCCAGAAAUGGCCACUCCAGUCGCCCUUGUCUUUGUCGGUAAUAACAUAUUGCGUAUAUCAUGCGCUGCUGUGCGGCUGCUGGUUGGGCUCGAGAAAGAGCCCGUAAGGCACAACGGAACGAGUGAGUUCCGUAAGAACGAUCGGUGAGCGCCCCUCUACCAUUAAAGAACAGUAGCUAGCGGUGACUCAUUAAAUUCGACAACCUAACUAUGACGCAGUUCACCUUCGAGGUGUACUUGCCAUGGCUUUGUUUACGUGUGCAUGUUUAGGUCCGACAUGAUGUGAACGCCUUGAAGUUACAGGCUGUGGUCUCCUUGCUGCCAAACCGAGUGUUAUAUUUCUAAAAUCUAAGAAGUUGAUUUCUAGAAAAUGGACAGACAAGGAUCAAGAGCGAGAUCCAUCCUUUACACUCCUCAAGUACAACUACUACUACUACUUGUCUUUCAGAACUGCGGCAGUAUACGUGUGAGAUCUGUGGCAAUGCAUUUAAGGAGAAGGGGCAUCUGAAAAAGCAUGUCGAUGGCAUCCACAAACGUAUGUUGCUUCUGCCCCCCUGACUUACCACCUCCUUUUUUUCAACCAACUCCUUACUACACUGCCCUGAUCGCCCUCGCGACUGUUUAAUGCCUGCUGGUUCUUGACGAUGAUUGUCUCCUCUCGGCACGUUUGUCUCUUAGUGUCACCUUACGGGGGAUACCUCGGAUUUGAAGCCCGAUGUGGCUGCGCACGGACCCAGACGCCUGGUCAUUUGACUACUGAAUGUUAAUGUAAUGGCUUUUCCCAUCUUUUCUGUACCUAUAGGAGAUGUGCUAACUCAUGAAACGUUAACCUAAAUUCUGAAAUGAGAUUUGGACUCAAAAAGAUUACUCAAGUGACGUUGUAGUAUUAAUCGCCGUGCAGUAUAAUCCCAAGAUGAUUCAGUCACUUCGGGAUGCCGGCUUUUAAAUGAACUUCUUUCAGGCUGCCUGCAGAAACUACACUCUGUAAAAAUGACUACUUGGCAAACUCUUAUUUUGUAGGCGCACCUGUUAGGGGUGAAGGUUAGGGGUUAGCGCUUAGUGUUAGGGGUCACGGGUUAGGGUUGUAGUUCUGCAUUAAACCUCUUAUUAUCACUGGUCCCGUAUGACAAGUGGCUAGAGCAUGUCUACUUUAGAUUCGACCGACUACUUAUUUAGUAGGAUUUUUUCUCAUUGUUUUUUGGUGCCCUUAGACAUUAAAAUAUAUUUCAUCGAAAACAUGCAUAAAAAUAUUUAUUCUUUCACUCAUUUGGCGGCAAAUUACGUCUUCUUCAUUUUUUUUAUGAUUUAAGGAAGGGCAUACUUUGGUCUUGAAAAGUUACUUAUUAUGGGAUUUUUUAAAACCGUGAAAUGCCUGUUCAUAAAACAUCGUGUCUCUGCAUUUACUAAUGUUUCUUGUUAAGUUUACAAUAUGGCUCAAUUCCACUGCUAAAUUUUAUGAACCCUGUAUCAUCGCCCUCUAAUAGCAUAUAGAGAUGUAUGAUUUUCCGUACGCGGAAAAUACACAGCGUGUAGUUUGGAAACCCUGAAUGCAAGUGUAACGGCAGGUCGGGUUCAAAAGUAUUCGGGAAUUGGAAGUUUUUGAAACCGGAUUAUACCCUUCCUUCAAGUAUAACACUUGAAGAAGACUUAAUUUCCUACCAAAUGAAGUAUAAAAAUGAAUAUUUUUAUGCAUGUUUUCUGUGAAAUAUCUUCGAAUCUACAAGGGCAUCUACAAUCAAUGAGAAAAGUUCAUACUAAUUAAGUAGUCGUUUUUUACAGUGUAGUUUUUGCAGGCGGCCGAAAAGAAAUUCAUUUAAAAGCCGGCAUCCUGAAGUAACUGAAAUACCGUGUCAUCAUUCUGUCGGGUAAUUAGUAUUACUACCCCACUUAAGCAAUCUUUUCGAGUCGAAGACGUAUUUUAGCAUCUCAGUAAACAUUUCAGGAGCUAGCACAUCUGCUGUAGAUCCGCUGACACUCUAAAAGUCGUCUUUGCCUGAGAUCACACAAUUUCGGUCCACUAAGGUUAAACAGAAAUCAGUUUAUAACCGAACGAUUAGUUGUCACUUUUAAGGAAAUGCAGUGGGUUUGUCUUCUGGAAAAGGCGGUGGAGCAUAACGGCUGUAAUGAACCAUCUAACCAUUAUAUCGACCACGAAGCAUAGGAAGUACCGCGAGGGGGAGUGAGAUUAUGAACAACACGUCUGUCCUACGAGUGUCCCUAAUAAUUAAAUAAGAAAAAGUGACUAUAGAACAAUGAGGGAUAAAUUCUAAAAGUAGUAUUGAGAGUUCCAACGUCGAAUGCCAAAUAACAGUAUUAGUCCACAGACCAAGCGAGUUCUACCCCGGCAAUUCAUUUUCGCUGUUUGAGGUAGGGGAUUCCGUUUUUUACAUGUAGUUUAAUAGAAAGCUGAGGAACUGCAGUCCAGGGUAGAUCUCAGAGAAAGAACCCAUAAUAUUAGCAUGUAUUUGACUUUAUGAAAAUGUUUAAGCCCCUCGAAGUGGCAUGUUUCUUACUACGGUUAACUGAAGACAUGAUUUCGUUUGCAGAACUGCGGGAGCACGCAUGUGAUGUUUGCGGCAAAGCAUUUACGGAGAAGAAGACUCUAAUGAUGCAUAUCGAUGGCAUCCACAAAAGUACGUCUUUUCUGCUCACCGAUUUACCUCCCUGCAAAUGCACUCUUUUCCCGCAAGGGUUCUCAUGGUCCUGAAUAUGCCGCAGUUAAUUAAAUAGAAAUAUUUCUAACUUACAGCUAUAGGAUGUGCGGCGCCUACCCAGAGACAUACGCUGAUUGGCUUUGCUCGCGAAACAUGGAUUAAUCUUCUAAAACAUUGCCUGAGUGGGACUACAGUACUGAUUAUAUAGUAUAGUAUUUACUGGAUACCAGAAUUUCGGCUCUUAAAUAUGCGUCUUCCUAAUCGUCUGCGAAGUCACACGUCGAAAGGGUCUAUUUAAGUAGUAUGCACCUCAAUUAUGUUUUUGGUAGCUUUAUAGAUCAAAGCAUUUCCAUAGAGUGCGUGCACAAACACUUAUUUAUUUUGUUCAUUCUAAAUUACCCACUUGGUUUUACAUGGGUUCCUAAUUAGGAUGAUUUUUGCGUAGGCGGAAUGUGGGUCCUGAUCAACUGUAAUUCACGAAAUGCGACGUCCAUGCAGGUCCACUUUUUAGGAGUAGUUGACCUUGGUUUCGCCUACACGCAGAGUCUUUUUAUUUCAGACGUGAUGUGAAAUAUUUGCCGCUUUCAAUAUGCAAUUGUUUUGUUUCGUGCAAUUCAACUGGCCCCGAAGUCAUCUUUAGGAAGUUUGCAUUUAUUUUUUUCUGAAUAAUUUGCAACUGUUAGUCAAUCAAACAGGGGCUCUUUUACUGACUCCUCUUAUUGUUUAUUCCUCAGAACUGCGGCAGUAUACAUGCGAGCUUUGUGGCAAGGCCUUUACUCAGAAGAAAUCUCUGAAGAGACACGACGACAGUGUCCACAAAAGUAUGAUUCUUUGGUACCCGUGGGCUUGCAACUUUCCAUUUUCUGUGCUGCGGAUAAUUUGCUUUAAAUCACAGGAAGUCGGGUCUGUCAGCUGCUGCUGACGUUGUACCUUGAGUCGAUAUUAUUAAUUUUGGGAUUUGCAUGAUACGUAAGCUCCUGGAAGCAGAUGGUGUGCCGACCAAAAUCAUCGCCAUGACGGAGGCCUACUACUACUACUACUACUACUACUACUACUACUACUACUACUACUACUACUACUACUACUACUACUACUACCACUACUACUACUACUGCUACCACCACCACUACUACUACUACUAAUACUACUACUACUACUACUGCUACUCAUACUACUGCUACUACUAAAACCACCACGCGAGUUCUAGUCCAUAGCGAUCUCUCCCAGCCUGUCGACACUCGAUCUGGUGUUCUGCAAGGUUGUAUCCUGUCGCCCAUUCUAUUCAGCUACACUUUUGAUUAAAUUCUCGAGGGAGCACUACACGGAGUUGACGGUGUCAAGUUUAUACUCGGCUGCCAGCCGACUGAUCUCGACUACGCUGAUGGUAUCGCUUUACCGGGCUUUAGGGUUUGAUGAUCUGCAGCCUGUGGUUUUACGAGUGAAUGAGGUCGGUAAAGCAAUCGGUUUGUCCAUGAACGCUGGGAGGACCCAAGUGCUUUAAAGCUGCAUGCCUGACCACAAGGCACUUCUUGAGAUUACUGACUGUCAGCCUGAAGACAUUUUUGGUUUAUUUGUCGUCGUCAGCCAGUCAUGCUCAACCCCGAAGUGUGGAACACCUGGGAUACGAUUCCGCGACCUGUUGGCUAGAAGUGCAACGCUCCCUAUCCACUGAGCCACAGGCUUGUUGUCCUUCCGAUUGCGAUCGGGUAUAUACAGUGGUCGCGGGGGAGGUGCUCACCGGUCGUGUUACGGAACUUACUCGUCCCGUUGUGCCUUUGGAUUCUCUCUCAUUAAAAAAUUACGUCUGGAUGUAAACCAAUGCAGACAUUUCAGUAGUACCGGCUCCUCGAGGCGGGACAGGCCAGUGAAUGUUAUUCUGCCGGCGAUUGGCCAACCAAAACCUCUGCAGAACAACGCCUUCUUUGAAACAUAGUAGGCAGUUCUCCAUAGUUUUUAAUUACCUCGCGCAUAUACUUGAUUCCUAUUGAAAAAAAUACAGUUCAUGAUGUCGUCGCCUGCCUACUCGACCAACUCCAAAUUUGUGAAUUCAUGGUGCCACCUCUUUCUCUGUGAUAUGCAAUCAACCAACACCUGCUCAAUUUGCACGACCUGAGUUGCAAACAGUUGCAGUCAGCAGUAUCUGAUCCGUUGACGUAAACACCUGUUUUGAAUCGACGCCUGUGCAGGGUAAUGCCAUUUGCUUGUUCAUCAGUUCGAAGUCUACGGGGUAAUAGCGUCGUUCUAUACCUUGCUUUUUAAUACGAACGCCACAUAUGUCCGUGCGCUUAUUUUCCGUUUACUUCAUCCUCGUGAAUGCGUAAUAUGAACUGUUCAGAAGCCCCGAUCGACUUUGAACUGGGCAUUUUUGCAGCCCGUUAAGACGUUAGAGUCUGCUUGACAGCGUUUUACGAGCCAGCUACCAAUUUCCACUUCUAAAACGUUAAAGCACCCUUUUUCGGAUGCCACUCUUAUUUAGUAGGAUCAGAAUUGCAGGGCCCAUGCGUCACUGAGUAUGUCGCCCAGAUCCAUCACCCUAACACGUUUUGUUUCGGCUAGGACUUUAUUUACCAGUGAACUAUUGGUUUUUUUGCAGCCUGCGGGGUUGUCCUAUCCCAUUUGGUUCCUCGCAUGCCCAUAGGAUUGUUACGUGCAAUUCUCAGACCUCAGCCAUUCUACUGGGCUAGGAGCUCUCCUGACGGCCUAGGGUGCGCCAGUUAGUGCAACUACCCGGAAGUAGGUAGCGUCUCUGUGAACAACGUGCGACGUGAGGGAAUCGCGCUCCUCGUGCGCUCCGGCCGACCUGACCGAAUCUAUGGGACACUCCAGACACCGUAGCGUGGGCAGAUGACUCACCCAACACCGAGGGAAUGCGCAACGCAACCGUCGUAAUAGUAAACCCACAGAAAUGCAAACAACAGACCUCACAUUGCGACUAAGGGUUGAACUACUAGACAGUCUUCGAUUAUUAGAAGCGGUAUUUGUAACCUGAAAAUGCAAAAUCAAAAUAAACGUUACGUUGGUCAUCCUUUUCCCUCCAGCCUCUUACAACUUACGUCCUAGAAACAAUGUGCGAAUCCAUGUGUCGAGGGCCGGUAUGUGUUGGCAUAUCAGAGCAGGUGCCUUUGUGAACGAUUUUCUGGUACGUGCAUGUCAGUCAUCGGCUGGUUCCGGGAGCCGAAUCGGUGCGGAUGCGUGGUCGACGCUAGACCACCACGUGGAUGGGGUUGACUGCACGUUCGUCAUGGUAACCUAAAAGCUGCACAUGGCUACUCCGGUGGGGAGGAGACAUACAGCCUCUUUAAGUGGAAAAUGUGUAUUUCUUUUGGUCAUAUAUGUUUAUGUAGCCGCGCACCUGAGGUAAACAAACCCCAGCCACCUGUAAUACGGGACCAUUGGUAAUAGGGGGUUUUUAUAGGUGGGAUCGGGGAAUGCACAGGCGACGAGGUCAAGUAGUUGUAUGUAAAAGAAAAGUUAUUGGGAAUGCGCGGUUGUAGUUUGAGUGGUUGAGAAAUACUUGCCCUAGCACUAACUCCAAUAGUAUUGUGUUCAUCAGGUGCGGCUGUAUGACCAUAUCUUGCCUUUCUUCUAAGUAAAGUAACUGUGCCAUUUCACCCUUAUGAAACAUCUUCAGAACUACGAGCAUACUCAUGUGAACUUUGUGGCAAAGCAUUCGCGGUGAAGGGCAACUUGGUGAUUCACGUCAAGGGUGUCCAUAAAAGUACGUCUCUUUUUCUUUUCACUCGGUACUUUUGUUUGCCACAAUCGCCCAACUGGGGAAUCCUUCUUCUGCUGCGCAUGGACUCGUCAGGAUACUGGCUUUUGGAUGCUCUUUUUUCGACCUGUUAUAACCGCCCUCAAUAAAACGGCUACUUAAGUAGCAUGUAGUUUUCGCAUUUAUUUCCGAUAUCCUUGUAAAUUCAAACAUAUUUUUCAGAAUAUAUGCACGCAAUAUGCCUUCUUUCACUCACUUUCUAGGAAAUUGCGUUUUAUUCGAAUUUUAUACCCUGAGAAAAGAUAUGUUUAGGCUUUGAAAACGUGUUUCGACCCGUGAAUAAUUUUAAGCCAGAUCAGUCGUUCCAUUAUCUUAGGUGUAUUCUUUCGGCGUAAGGAAAGUCAUACACACCUGAAUGCCUUUAAGAAGAUGCCGUGUAGAGCUCAUAAAACUUUGCAGUGAAUACGGACUAUUUUGUAUGCUUUAUGAGGAGCAUUGAUACAAUAAAGGUACGGAUGUUGUAUGAAUGGACGUUGUACUGCCUUAAAAAAUCUCAUAGUUGGAAAAUUUAACACCGAAAAGCACUGUUUCUUCGACGCCAUGAUUUGCCGCCAAAUGAGUAAAAAAGGCAUAUUUUGCGCAUACUAUCUAUCAGAUAUGUUUUAAUUUAUAAGGCCAUCAGAAUUCAAUGUAAAAAAUGCAUACUAUUAGUCAUUUUACUUGGUACGGUUUUUAGCGGUCGAAAAGAAGUGCAUUCAAAAGCCAGCAUCCUGACGAUUCGGAGGUAUUAUAUGAUAAUGUCGCAUGAUCAUCACCAUUACAGCCCUGCCUAUGUAGCUCUUCCUAAUCUAAAACGCAUUUCAGAAGAUCGGCUAAGAUUUCAUAGGACCGGUCCUUGACUGUACGUAACAAGCCAGUUGCCCUUUUUAUGAAUCUCAUAACACACAAGGGGACUAAAUCUGUCGGCGGGCGAGCCGCAAUGAAACAUGGCUACCUAAACCAAAUAAGUAGACACGUUCUGGGAAUAACGACUGGGUGGUGCCACAUACGCCACGCUUGUCUGAGAGGAUAUUUACAAGUGAACUGCUUCCACAAUAAGGUGUCCUGCACCGGAGACUAGUUUUGACGUAUCAUGAUAGGCCAUCGGACGAAUGGGAGGGGACAGGAUCGUGCAUCUUUUGCCUUACAGCCAAGUAAAAGGAUAUCGUUUGGAGUGUGUAGCAAAUGAAUCGCCCUUCGAAGUUCCCAAGAAAGAGAGAUAAUUAAGAAUGUCUCGUGUAUGAGAAAGCUCUCGUAUCAGAUAAAUUUUGAUGCAUUAUUGGCAUCUGACAAAUUAGUUUCAACUCAUAACUUGAAUCGAAGGCAAGCCCAAUCUUUGAUACGUUUUUCCAUUUACUUUUCAGAGCUGCGAGAAUUUGUUUGUGAGAUCUGCGGUGAAGCCUUUUCACGGAAAGGAGACAUGGCGAGGCAUGUUGACAGCAUCCACAAAAGUAUGCUUUCUCGUCAUAAUCGACUAAUUUAGUGUUUUUCAUUGUUUUCUUAGUUUAAUGUCUGCUUUUUUCUUAUGACUGUCAUUCCAAUCUGUUUUUACUCGGUUUGCCCACGAGCUCGCAAUGUCGGAGGUGCGAGAGAGGGGACAUUCCCUCACGACUCCUUAUCACUAAUAAGUCUGACGUAAUUCUGCGCCCUAAAUACUAGACAUUGAGGGGUUUCCAAUUCACGAGGUAGCCGGACACUGAGUAUCAGGUCAAGUGAUACUGCAAGGUAAGUAGGAUCUGGUCCCUAUGAGACUGAAAUCAAACACGCGUGUGCCACGCGUAUAUGGGAUCUUUAUGGGCCACUCACUUCCCAUGGCCAUGUUUACUCGCUCAAUCUCGCCCCUCCGUUUUUAUCUUAUGGGUCCGGCAAAGAUGUAGGAUAUAGGUUACAGGGGCUUGUUCACCAUAACUGCAGUGUUGGCAAUUUCUGUCCCCCACGGGCAACGGGCAUUUCGUCGAAGGCCGGUCGGUAGGCAAUAUGCCCGACCUACACCCCCUUUUGGCUUUUGCUGGUUGGUGAGGCCGUUUUCUGGGAACAGUGCUUUUUUGAUGGAAUUAAUAUCAAUUCUUUGGGCGCAGGAUUUCCUUCUCGUUGAAGAGCGUCUUUUGUAACAAGUAAGUUUGUAACCAGUGUUUCUUUAAUCGAACUGUCAGAAGACUUUGCUAACUGAUGUUACGGUAGGUGUGGCAACUCAUGAAACGUCAACCGAAAUUCCGAAAUGCCUCCUUGUUUCGAAAGGUUUAUUUAAGUAGGGUUGUGAAACCAAUAAUCGUGCAGCAUAAUUAUAGAAUAAUUCAGUUACCUCAGGAUGCCGCCUUUGGAACGAACUUCUUUCCGGCUGUAAAAAAUGACUAAUGUAACAUACAUUUUUCUUAUUGAUUUGCGAUGCUCUUAAAAAUUCAGUCAUAUUUCAUAGAAAACUUGCAUAGAAUAUUCACUCUUGUCAUUCGGUAGAAAAUUACGUUUUCUCCCAAUUUUAUACUCCAAGAAAUGGUAUACUUCGGUUUAAAAAAACUUUCCCAAUUCCCCGAUUAUCUUGAACCCCCUAUCUGCUCUUUCGUUUGCAGUCAGUGUUUCUUAACUACAUGCCGUAUAUUUCCCGCGUACGAAAAACCAUACAGUUUUCUACGGUAUUAAGAGGAGACUAUAUAGGGUUCAUAAAUUUUGGCAGUGGAUUUGAACCAUAUUGUUGACUUUACAAGCCACCUUGGUAAAUGCAGAGACAUGGCAUAUUCACGAAUGAAGGCGAAAUUUCGAGUUCCAGGUGUAUACAUAUUUGAAGAAGAAGAAGAAUCGAGCACCGGAACAAUUCGUUUAUUAUCCUGAGCUUUCAGACUCGUACAGGAGUCCAUCGUCAGAGGUAGUGGCAGAAACAGGACGAGCGGCAGUUAUAAGGCACGUAGACCCAAUCAUCGACCGACGUCGCACGACUGGAGGUGACUACGAAGGGCUCUGUACGCCGGCGCCAGAUCGAUAAAUCGAUUGACCGAGUUCUCAUCCGAGGCCCAGGCUUCAAUCAAUUCUCGGCCUGUUUUGUUUCCGGCGUGGGCGACUAUUUUGGUGGCUGUGAAGUCAAACUCGUGACCCAUUUCGUAGGUGUGGGCGGCCACUUGUGACAAUGCGUCGCCUCGCCGCACAGCCAGCUUAUGUUCAUGUAUGCGCGAUCCGAGCAUGCGUCCAGUCUGUCCUGUGUAAUUACAAGGACAAUUUUGACACGGAAUGCGAUACACUACUCCAGAUUGCUCUUCAGGUUUUAACCGGUCUUUGAUCUUCAUGACCCUGUUGCGCAUGGUGGCUUUGGGGCGGUGUGCGAUUCCAACCCCUAGCUCCGCAGCAAUGCGCUCGGUCGCUUCUGAAACACCCUUGAUGUAUGGCAGAGCAUGCCAUAUCGUCGGUGGCGUUGAUGUUUGAGUUCUCUGGUGGCGACCGCGUAGGCAGCGACUUAUGAAUGCCCUCGGAUAGCCAUUUUGCACAAACUGGUCGCGGAGAUAACGGGCCUCACGCGCUCUGUCUUCCAGUUUGCUGCAAUGAGUUUGGAUCCGUUUGAAGAGCGUCUUCACACAGCUUCGUUUGUGAGCCACCGGAUGGUUGCUGUGAAAACUGAGAAGCUGUGUGGUGUUCGUUGCCUUCCUAUAAACCGUCGUUUCAAGUUCACCGUUAAGGUUUCGUCUGACGAGCACAUCCAGGAAGGGCAACUGCUGCUCCUGUUCUUCUUCUCUCGUGAAUUUUAUAUCCGGGAAGACUGUGUUGAGCAGGCUGUGAAAAUGUUGCAGCAUGGCAUAUUAGAAACAGCCAUUUCACGGUAUUAAAAAAUCUUACAAUAAGGAACUUAUUUAAAACCAAAUUAUACUCUUCCUUUGAGUAUAAAGUUGGAAGGCGUAAUAUUCUACCGAAUGAGCAAAAGAAUGGAUACUAUUAUGCAUGUUUUUAUAAAACACAAUUGCAUUUUGAAGGGCAUCAAAAAUCAAUGAGAAAAAUUUAUGCUACGUAAGUAGUCCUUUUUUACAGUCUAACUAUUAGAAGGGGAAAGGAGAAAACUUUAUUGAGUAAAUUGUCGACGUCGGUUCACCAUGUCGUCGUCAGAUUGGAUUAACUUUGCAAAAAACACAGUUAUUGCAUGCAGCCGGAAAAAAGUCCGUUUUAAAGCCGGCACCUUAAGGUAACUGAAUUAUUAUUUAUUAAGCUGCACGAUAAUUACAGUAGAUGUGCUAACUCAUGAAAUGUCAACCAAAAUUUCGAAAUUCGUUCUCGUUUCGAAAAGAUAAAUUAAGUAGUGUUGUAAAACUAAUCAUGAUGCAGGAUAAAUCUAUAAUGAUUCAGUAACCUCAGGGUGUCGACUUUCGAAUGACCUUAUUUUCGGCUGCAUGCAGGAUCUAUACUCUGCAAAAAAAUGACUACUUAUGUAGUAUGCCAUUUUCUCAUUGAUUUUCGGUGCCCUUGAAAAUUCAAUUAUAUUUCAUGGCAAACAUGCAUAAAAAUAUUCAUUCUUUGACUUUUUCGGUAGAAAAUCACGUCUUCUUCCAAUUUCGUACUUCAAAGAAGAGUAUAAUUCGGUUUUAAAAAAUCCUUCUAAUUCGCGAAUAAGUUUGAACCCGACCCGCUGUUACACUUGCAUUCAGGGUUUCAAAACUAUAAGCUGUAUAUUUUUCGUGUACGGAAAACCAUGCAUUUGUCUACGGUGUUAAGAGGAGACUAUAUGAGGUUCAUAAAAUUAAGCAGUGGAUUUGAGCAAUAUUGUUAGCUUUACAAGCCACAUUCGUAAAUGCAGAUACAUGACGUUUCACGAACGGCCAUUUAACGGUAUUAAAAAAUCUCACAGGUAUAAACUUUUUUAAAACCGAAUUAUACUCUUCUUUUGGGUACGAAAUUGGAAGAAGACGUAAUUUUCUACCGAAUAAGUAAAAGAAUGAAUAUUUUUAUGCAUGUUUGCCAUGAAAUAUAAUUGAAUUUUCAAGGGCACCGAAAAUCAAUGAGAAAAUGACAUACUACAUAAGCAGUCAUUUUUUGCAGAGUGUAGAUCUUGCAUGCAGCCGAAAAUAAGGUCAUGCGAAAGUCGACACCCUGAGGUAACUGGAUCAUUAUAGAUUUAUCCUGCAUCAUGAUUAGUUUUACAACACUACUUAAUUUAUCUUUUCGAAACGAGAACGAAUUUCGAAAUUUUGGUUGACAUUUCAUGAGUUAGCACAUCUACUGUAGUUUUGCAGCCAUACUUAAUUAAUCUUUUCGAAACAAAGAUGCAUUUCGGAAUUUCGAUUGACAUUUCAUGAGUUAUCCCACCUACCGUAUUUAGUCUGAACAGAGGGUAAGAUCAGACGUAACAUUGCUCAUUUUGUCGCGUGUCGUUGACCUUAUGUUCCCGUCGCCUUUGCGGUUUUCUCCUGAGGAUUUUUCGUCAGCGAACCUAUUGCACUUGCAAAAAGUGGACUAUGAGUGAUGCCUAACCUAGCUUUUUUACUUCGUUUCAGGAACUUCGAAAGACUGUCCUUAG